CAGGCCCUGGUCUUGGAAGCCGAAUUCGGGAGCCGCGGGGAAAACCCCUGAGCUUACCCAAACCAGCGCCGAGGACGGCAGAAUCCCGGCGGAAUUCUAUCACCAUGGCCCCGCCUCCGCCACUUCCGCUGCGAACCCAGAAGUGCCUCACCGACGCCGGAAGUCCCGUGGCCUUGUUUCCGCAGAGGCUUCCCCCACCCCGACGCGGAGGAGACUUGCUUCCGGCUCCGGGUGGGCGCCGGUUGGAUUCCCGGUGCGCUCCGGAGCGGUGUCCCGGGAGCACCGCUCUCCCGGACGCCGGCGCCGGAAGCUCGUACGGUGGCCGCGCCGGAAGAGCGCCGGUCCGGGCGCGAGGCCCGUGCGGGGCCAUGAACGGGACCGCGAACCCGCUGCUGGACCGCGAGGAGCACUGCCUGCGGCUCGGGGAGAGCUUCGAAAAGCGACCGCGAGCCUCCUUCCACACCAUUCGCUAUGAUUUUAAGCCAGCAUCUAUAGAUACCUCCUGUGAAGGGGAGCUUCAGGUUGGCAAAGGAGAUGAAGUCACAAUUACACUGCCACAUAUCCCUGGAUCCACACCACCAAUGACUGUGUUCAAGGGGAACAAACGGCCUUAUCAGAAAGACUGUGUGCUUAUUAUUAAUCAUGACACUGGUGAAUAUGUGCUGGAAAAGCUCAGUAGCAGCAUUCAGGUCAAGAAAACAAGGGCUGAGGGGAGCAGUAAAAUCCAGGCCCGAAUGGAACAGCAGCCUACUCGUCCCCCACAGCCAUCACAGCCCCCACCGCCCCCUCCACCUAUGCCAUUCAGAGCUCCAACGAAGCCUCCAGUUGGACCCAAAACUUCUCCCUUGAAAGAUAACCCCUCACCUGAACCUCAGCUGGAUGACAUCAAAAGAGAGCUGAGGGCCGAAGUCGACAUUAUCGAGCAGAUGAGCAGCAGCAGUGGGAGCAGCUCCUCAGACUCCGAGAGCUCCUCCGGAAGCGACGACGACAGCUCCAGCAGCGGAGGAGAGGACAGUGGCCCCGUGUCUCCUCCGCAGCCCUCACACCAGCAGCCCUACAGCAGCAGGCCGGCCAUCGCCAACGGAACCAGCCGACCGCAGGGAAGCAGCCAGCUCAUGAACACCCUCAGAAAUGACUUGCAGUUGAGUGAAUCUGGGAGUGACAGUGAUGACUAGAGUGGAUCUUUUAAAGUCAACUUUCUGGUGCACAGAUCGCUACAAUACCGGGCUACUUUGCACGGAGGCCACCGGCAAGAGGCAAAUAUGGAUCAGUGACUGUAGUAGGAAUUUGAGGCUCUGCAGCUCUCAGAUAUUCAAGUCUUUAACUUAACGGUGAUGGGUGAUCUUCUCGUGUCAUUUUUGAACAAUCUCAUGUUUCAAGGUUUAAGUUGAUCUAUAGAAGAACUAACAAUAUGUUUCUGUUUGGUUAACAUUGUUAAUGAAAAACAGGCAAAUGUGCCCUGGUCUAGGUUACUGAAAGGCCUUAUCUUCACCAGGCCAGUGAUUCUGUUUUAAACCCCAGCAGCCACCCGUUUGGCCAAGUGGUCUGCACCAGUGAAGUGAGAAGCAGUCUUUGAGGGGUAUAGGUGGGAGGGGGGAACCUCAAACUGCCACAUAGAAAUAUGUUAAAACCACUUGAAAUUGUGGAAAUAACAUGGUAAGGAAGUUUAUCUGACCCAGCCUGACAAGCCUGUGUAGAAAUGGACUUGAAGGUGGAGUCCUCAAGUGUCCGCUGGGCAGGACCCUGGGCCCUGGCAGUUCAACCUCCUCAUUUACAAAUAAGAAAAGGGAGGCACACCGCUGGUUUAACCUCCUGCCCCCAGCCCAGGCUUUUGCCACUGCUCCCUCUCUUGAAUCUCAGUUAUUUGAACCAGAUUCUUAGACAUGAGACUUACAGACGUGCAUAGGAACUUUUAUUGGAUUCCAAAAAACAAAAGUGUUGGAUUCUCGUAGCUCAAAUUCAGAUCUAGACAGUCCCAAAAUACAUGAGGCUGGGUUAGCAGAAUAAACCAGCAGCCACUGUGCUGACACACAUGACCCAGUUAAAUUGGGGCUUUUAGUUCCAUGUAGAUCCAGGCUAAGUGUUCUUCAUUCAGUGGGUUUUCGUAGGGGAGGUAGUGGGAGAGAGGUGUAGUGAAGAAACCUUUCUAAGCAAGUGAACCAGCAGCAGGUUUUCCACAACCAGAGUGGAAAGAGGAGUUCUGCAAUAUGACAUGAGCACAUUCUUUUGAUAAGGUGUGUCUGUUCAUGCUUUUGUACCACUGUUUGUGCCUGACUCCCAGACUGAUUUGUAGUUUUUAUAUACAGGUAGAAGAGAGUCACAAGGUUGCCUUCUGCAGUGUGCAGUUUCCAAUGAAUUUGUUGUUGCAGGAAACUGAUCACUAGUAAAUGUGUCAUAUUGAGUGAAUGUGUGCUAAAUUGUCCCAUAAUUACUUGGGAGUAUCCCAUUUCUGUAAUUUGAGUGAAUGUGUCCUGAGAAACUUCCAUCUACUUUGGUUUGGCGGGUAUUAGGAACAUUAAAUAGGAUUUUCCUUCCUGGGGUUCCUCCACUCAGAUGGCUUCUCCUUCCCCAGCUAGUGGAGGGACACAAUCUAGACCUAGAAAGGAAUUAGAUGAUCCAAGGUGGUGGCUUUGGUUAGAGUUGAGCCUUAGGGAGUCACCUGUUUUAACUGCACAGUUACCCCAAUGAACUGGAGAUGUGGACCAGCAGCCUCUGCAACAGCACGCUCACACGGCUCCACCAGGUGUAGGUAAUGGGUUACACUCGUACCGUGGUGGGUUCUUGGCCCAUCGGGAGGUGUCAGUGGAUUUAAUGGCAUGUAGGAACUUACUGAUAAUGAAGUGAUAGUUGCUUUAUAUUUCCUUAGGAAUGACAGCUCAGGGAGGGUAAAGGUCAUGAUUGGGAGACAUGAAUUGUUACUGGAUGUGGGAAUGUUUCACUGCUCUUAACUUGCUCAAGCUAGGGCAGGUUUCAGGAACUUGAACUGAAAAUAUCUAUUUAAGCCUUUUUUUCUCUCCCAAAGUCUUCACAUACGUAGACAGAACUGUGGUUUUGGUGUGUCGGGUACUGCUGUUUGUUUAUAGGAAAUGCUUGCAUGUGGCACUGGGUUUGGCAAGUCAUGUUUAUAGGAAAUGCUUGCAUGUGGCACUGGGUUUGGCAAGUCAUGCUGUCUGAGCUUCAGACGCCCGUCAUCCAUCCUGCCGACACUGCACAGCCAUUCUCCCGCGCGGCUCCAGUUCAGUUCUCUGCGCAAAGCCUUUGGUGGUUCCCUUCCCCUGCCCUCCAUCUUUACUCACCACAGUAAGGAAUCUUUUCUUUUUGGAAAUUAAGAAUUUCGCUUUCAGGCUACUUCUCACAAGUACCCUCAUGCCAGCCAAACUGGUCUUGUUCUUCCUGCCUCUGUGCCUUCUCAGCCUCUCCUCCUCCUGAAACGUCACUCCUGAGGCACCGUCUCCUGCAGGUGCCGUCUUCAUGAUUCUUCCUCUGCUCUUUCCACCCGGCUGGCGUGCACCGGGUUUGUACCUACUUCUCCUCGCUUGAGCUCUGCUUAGUAUGAACUCCUGAGAAGCAGGGACCGUUCUUCUCAUCUCCUUUCUCUGGGAUGUCCACAGGAAUAGACAUUCAGAUGCUUGUAGCUGGUGGGGAGGAGGCAGAGAGAACCGACCAGUAGAGUAGAGAGGGUAGACAAAACAUUCCAGGCAUUUGGAGACAGCUAAAAAGUAUCCAUACUGAUUUUCAUGAUUUUGAAGUUUCUAACUGAAUUGAUAAAAUUAUUUUUUCUUUGUUCUGUAUGUCUACCAUACUGUGGGUCAUUAGGUGAGGUGUAAAGACUUCAGUCCGAAUUAUCUGAGGAGUCAGGGUAAGCCACAGUAAAGACAUGAUUUGGGAAAACAUAAUACAAAGAAACUAGAGAUUUGUAACAAUGCCACUCAUUAACCAUUUUACUUCUGUAGCAGGAUCAUUCUUUCUGUGUGUGGUAUUAUGUGUAUGUGCUUCAGUAGUGGGAAAACUUGAAAAUUCCAAAAUCCUCACUUCCCUAUUCAAGAGGCUGGUUAAGUGGGAUGUGUGUGGGUGUGUGUAUGUGUGAUGUAUUUAUUACACUAUUUUGAAAGAGUAAUACUAUGUUAUGUGGAUAUAUAUUAGGUACAGCCAAAUUGGAUGUUUCCGUUUGGCAAGGAAGGUAGGAUUUCCGAAACUCAGGCCUUAACCAGUAGGUUGGAAGACAAGACCAAUUGAAGCUUUAUGAAAUAUGUGUAUUUGUUGCUUCUGUUAUUUCUGUCUUGGGUUCAUUGUCUCAUUCUUUAAUGAUUUUUAAAAUUUAGUGCUUAAAAGUUUAUUUUGCUUAAUUAUGAAGUAGACGUGCAUGUUUACAUUUAUGUAAAAUAUUUGCUGUGUAAAGUUUUUUGUUUAUUCUCUUAAAAGAUCACUAUAUAUUUAAGUAAAAAUGAAG